UAAAUUUUACGGAACAAAUGAGGCAUUCUCCUGUCUAAUUCCGUCUCAUCUCUGCGAACUCGUUAGAAUUUUUCCCUGUUUAAACUUGAGAUUUCGUGUUAAAGGCAAUAAUAGCCCUAAAAUUGGAAAAUCUCAAGUUUCAUUCUGUCAAUGGAGCAACAAAACGCGCCUGUAUUUCUGAAAUCCAUCAACGAACUGAGCAGCCUGGGCGCUGCCGUACAAGUCUUCGAGCGCCGAUUCCAAGAGUUACAAAACCACCUCGAUUUCAUCCAAACCGCAAUCGACAUCAAAUUACGCCAUGAAACCUCACCGUCACACCAAAACGCGGAUCAAUUACAACGGCUUACGGAAAAGAUGCCGCUUCAACCUCAACCUCAGAGUCUACCACCAACUGAAACUCAAACCCUAACCGAAAUGGCGACUAAGAAUGUCAAUCUGACUCAAGGGUCUCGGCCUUCUGAGCUUCACUAUCUCUGCGAGAUGAUGUGCAGCCGCGGCCUGAGAAAAUACCUUGUCACGCAUCUAUCGGACGUUGAAACGCUCCGCCGAGACUCAGCUUCGGCACUAAAAUUGGCUCCAAAGCCGGCGAAACUCGUGUUGGAUUGUGUGGGACGGUUCUUUCUACAAGGUAAAAAAGCCUACACCAAGGACUCUCCCAUGAUUUCGUCUCGCCAGGCUUCGGUUCUUGUGUUGGAGUUUUUCCUCAGACUGAUUACUGAGAGCGGGAGCCACAUUGAGAUUGAUGAAACGCUUAAACAAGAGGCCGAGAAGGAUUCAGUUGCCUGGAGAAAAAGACUGCUUAGUGAAGGAGGUUUGAGUAAAGCUUGUGAGGUUGAUGCCAGAGGCUUACUUCUGUUCGUCGCAUGUUUUGGGAUUCCUAAAGUUUUUAAAAGUGAAGAUGUUAGGGAUUUGAUUAGGUUCAGUAAUAUCACGGAGAUUAGUGAUUUGCUUAAACGGUCUGGUGUUAUUUUUGCAAGGGUUCCAGAUAUCAUAGAGAAUAUGAAAAAGAAUGGAAUGCAUGUUGAAGCAGUUGAUAUUGUUUACAACUUUGGGAUUGAGGAUAAGUUCUCACCUUAUACAAUUUUGACUUCACUCUUACGGGAGACUAGAGAAGCAUGGAAGAGAAAAAGACGAGAUGCACCACAUCCUCUGUUUCAUGAUGUUGUUUUGCAGAAAAAGGCAACUGAAAAGCAUUUAGCUGCAUUAAAAUCUGUUGUCAAGUGUUUGGAAGAUCGCAAAAUUGAUCCUGCCAAGCUUCUUUCUGGAUGGCAAAUCAAAGAAAAGAUUGUCAAGUUGGAGAAAGAAAUUGUUGAUCUGAAUAAACUUAUAAUGGAUGAUAAUAAGAAGCCAAAGAGAAAAGCUGGUCAAAUUCAGUCAUCAAAUAAUUUCAACUUUCAAGAAACAAAACGUUCUCGAUUUACAACCAAUGGAUCAACCCUGGUGUCAUCUCCACAUGUCAUCCGGUUGCAUGAACCAAUGGCUGCAAACAGUUAUAUAGAUAGGAAGAGAUCAUAUAAUACUUUGAUGCCACAUCUGUUGACUGGUGGUUACUCCAGCUACAUCAGUAAUCAUCUUGCUGCCCCAGCUGCAUCGCACGGAUAUGAAGCAGCACCUUUGCCUGAAGCUCUUGGCUCUAUAGGACCAAGUGGGGGCACUGUGCAUGCUAUUGGAGUUGAAGUUGGUUUGUCUUCUGGAAGUAGUGUCCUCCCCUCCACUGCAGGUCCAUCUGGUGUUCACAGAGAGGAGUCAAAGGAUGCCGUUGGGCAAAUGAUGUGUGGCAGUGUUUCAUCAAAUUAUGGGUGGCAGAGUGUUGGGGUUGCAGCUUAUAAUGACAGGGUAAUUGGGCAACCUGCAGCCAAGGGGGUUGAUGGUUUGUAUGAGCCGCCAUCAUAUUUCCCAGGUCCCAGCAUCAAUCGAUGUCAAUAAUGAGAAUGGAUCCUCUGAUUCCCAUAGAUCAGCUGAUGCUAUUGUCUGGGUCGAGUUGUAAAACGGCAAUACAUUCAAAGAUGACCCCCCUUCUUCUGUUUUACCUCCCCAUCAUUCUUGGUACAUCACAAAAUAUUUCCAUGUGAAUGGUUGUGGGUAGCUGUAAUUACUGCUAACUCCCGUAAUUUUAUCUGGGAAUUUAAAAAUUCAGUGCUACUACUUUUAAGUUUAUAUUUUCAUGUAAACCAAAAUGAAAAUUAUAAAAUAAAGGCUAAAGGACUUAUUCCCA